GCUGCCAUUUCAUGUGUUCUUAUCCACAAGCCAUAAAAUCUUUUUUUUUUUUUCUCUUCUACCGAAACUCGUUUUUCCAGUAUUUUCUUCCGGUAUCCGUCUGUCCAAACACUAUUCUCGUUAACGAAAUGGCUACGACUCUGUUAGCUUCAUCGCAAACAAGUUUUCACCAUCCAAUAUCAGUCUCAGCCUCAUCAUCUUCAUGUCCCUCGUCUUCAACUUCAUGGGUCUCUCUGUUCAUUUCCACAAAACCUCGACUCCCUUCAUUAUCUUGUUACAAAUCCAGUUUCUUGAACCCAAUUGGGAACAGUUUCAAGUACAUUGAGACGGAACCAAGAAAAAGCAGGAUCAGUUCAUUAACGGUUCGAAUGUCAUGGGACGGUCCUCUGUCUUCUGUCAAAUUAAUCAUCCAAGGCAAAAAUCUUGAGUUAACAGAUACAGUUAAGCAGCAUGUUGAGGAGAAGGUUGGAAAAGCAGUUCAGAAGCAUAGCCAUCUUGUGAGGGAAGUUGAUGUCAGGUUGUCUGCUCGAGGUGGAGAAUUUGGGAAAGGCCCGAGGAUUCGAAGAUGUGAGGUGACUUUGUUUACAAAGAGGCAUGGAGUGGUUCGUGCAGAGGAAGAUGCAGAGACUGUCUACGGAAGUAUAGAUUUGGUGUCCUCAAUUCUACAAAGAAAGUUAAGGAAGAUUAAAGAGAAAGAAUCAGACCAUGGCCGCCACAUGAAGGGCUUCAAUAGGUCGAAAGUUAGAGAGCCGGUAGCAGUAGUCGUGGAUGAUGAUGAUGAUGAUGAUGUAGAGGCAGUUCCCGAGCAGGAGGAUGAUGCUUUUAUAGUUGAGAUCAUUCGUACAAAAUAUUUUGAGAUGCCUCCUCUGACUGUCUCUGAAGCAAUUGAGCAGCUUGAAAAUGUUGAUCAUGACUUCUAUGGUUUUCGCAAUGAAGAAACUGGUGAGAUUAAUAUUUUAUACAAAAGGAAAGCUGGAGGGUAUGGACUCAUUAUACCUAAAGGAAAUGGUAAAGCUGAGAAGUUAGAGCCGCUGGUGGUAGAAUCUGCCAAAGAACGCUCCUUCGCAGAGUAGGUUGUCUAAGUAAGGAAUAUCAUUUUGUGAGCUAGAAAAAGAUGGCAAGCUUUUCAGUUCAUCUGUAGAUUUUUCAUAGCAACACUAUAGAUGAAUGUCAAGGCAUGUAGAGAGACAUACUUCAGGAUUUCGGAUUCAGCGAAAAUGAUCUUUUGGGGUAUAUGAGUAUCAUCCUGUGGGUGGCUAGAUUUGAAAUAUAAAAGACACCUUUUGCUGCCUCACUUAUAGGGAUGAGCGAUGAUAUUGUAUAAUCAUCAUGCAACCUAUAUACUCAAUUUUCUUUCUGCCUUGGCUAAAGUGGAUUUUGAGAUACUUUUUUUCUGCCUGCACUUUUCCUUCUAUGGCAAUGGUUGCAUGCCAUGUCUUUAUCCAGAGUUUAUCUUAUUAAGCAUUAAGGACGAUGCUCUGUUAUUUGACUUAUGCAGGUUGUUACAGUGUCUAACCUUUUCAAAUAGACUAUGAAUUGAUGAAGCUUGAAGUGAAAGAGUUGACAAUUUCAAGCUUGUGGUUGAUUAUAGGCUU